AUGAAAUUUUGGCCGACUGUCGAAUCGAAAACAUUCUUUUGGUCAAAUCAAGAAAAGAAUAUAGGGCAGUGGAUUAAACAUACCUGCUCGAUUUUCCGAUGCGGUUGCUAUGAAGUGGGUUUCAGUAUUGGAAAGAUGACAUUUGAUAAUAAACACUCACUUCGGAAUACGUUCCCAAAACUCAGAAAAAUCGUCAUUAGUUGUGAACCAAACGAGCAAAAUAUUCAAAGCACUCAUAAUGUUUUGAAAGCUUUUCAACCAGAAACUGUCCACUUGUAUAGUGCCCCUCUCCAAGAGAACCUUCAACAUACUGGAAUGAGAAAUUUAAAAGAGCUGGAAUAUCAUUCUCCUCAUUUGAAUCCAAGAAUUGAAGACCUUUUGACAAUGAACGUUGAACGUUGUACGAUUCUAGGAACUCAAUUCUCGCUUCGUGACUUGAAUCGAUUCUUCAAAUUGUGGACGAAAGGAUCGAAUCGAAGAUUGAAGUAUUUGCUGGUUCAUGGGGAAGGCGUCGCAGAUUGGAAUGUAUUGAUGAAAGGAUUACAGGCAGAGGAAGCAAGAAGAAUACAAGGAGAACAAGUAGAAAGAGAAAAGGAGCAUACGAUUAUGAAUUGUUAUGGGAUUUGUGGUACAAUUAAAUUGAUUAAUAUUCGUUUGCUUGUUUCUGUUGAGUUGACUGUUUUGAAUUGA